UUAUUGCAUGAUCAACUUCACAAAUCUUGAAGCUCCUGCUCAAAGCAAGUUUGAACUGUAGCUGUCGAUGAUGUCCGCAGCUUUGUCGCGAGUCGCCGCCGAGGCCUUUGCAGAGGUCGCAAAUGGGGUACUCGAUGCCCAUAUUAACAGAUACAGCUUUAAGAGGGCCCUUGUGCUGGCCUGCGGGUGGAGGCCUUCUAAACAUGAUUUGAGGCGACUUCUUGGGCCGGAACCGGAGAAGGAGGAGUACACAUAUGACAUGCUAGUCCGCGUCAUCAAGGUGGUCGUGGCCUCUCGGGACGCUGACUCGCAACUCCGUGCCAUCUACCAGGCCUUCGACAGGCAAGGACUGGGGUUCAUACGUCGUGAGGAUGCGCUUCACGUCUUUCAUAAAGUCAUGCCAUCCGUGAAGAGCCAUACCGUCGAGGAGGUGCGCGACACAUGGGACCAGGGCUUACAGUAAUGCUCAUCCGGGUUGCUAUUGCUGUCAUGUUGACGCCCGCUGCUGUGAUUUGCCAACCCCUCU